AUGUUCGACACGUCGGCAGUACCGAUUUUCACGGGACAAAACUACUCCGCGUGGAAGUUUAAGUUCCAAGUGCUCAUGAUGGAGCGGGGACUUUGGGGUUUCUUCGAUGGAACGGAGAAGAAGCCGGACGAUGAGAGCGGCAUCACGGCAUGGAAGAAGAAGGACCAAAAGGCGUUCGCUACGUUGAUUCCGCGCAUCGGCAUCAAUCUCGUGAGCUCGGUGCGCAUGUGCAUCAAGCUCGAAGCGUCGGCGCAUGAAGCGUGGAAGCGGCUCGAGACCAUCCACGUGAACAAGACUCUCCACGGCAAGAUCCUAGCCCGGAAUGCGUUCUACACGGUGAAGAUGCGCGCGGGCGAAUCGAUGCACGAGUAUGCGACUCGUGUGGAAGAACUCGGGGAAAUGUUCAUGGACCUCGGUGGAACGUGUUAA